AAAAUAAUAAACAACUAAUUUUUGAGAAUAUGUAUUCUUUGUCAUAGUAUUUUCUAAUUGUAACAUAAUAUAACCUUAAAUAUGGAUUUAUUAUAUACUGUGAAUAGAAAAGUUGCUCCAAAACCUUUUCUAAAUCAAGAAAGUAAUCAAAUUUUUAGCCUGUAUGAGGGACAAUCUUUAUGUUCAUUAUCUAGUCGUAAUAUUGUUGCUUUUACUACAACUACAGAGUUAGAUGAUAAUAAUGGAAAAACAUGGGGAUCUCAUGUUUAUGUUUGUGACUUGAAUAUGCCUUGGCAUACUCAUAAAGUGUUAUCAAACAAAAAUAUUAUCACUGCAUUAGAAUGGGAUUUGUCAGGUGAUAAAUUAGUUGUUGCUGAUUCUAUUGGAAAUAUUCAAUUAUGGAUGUUCAAAGAUCAUGUUCUUAAUGAUUGGGUAUUAAUUGGCUCUACCUGUUUUGUUGGUGAACAUAUAUUAGGUGCAGCUUGGUUUCACAAUGGGAAAAAGACAGGACUGGUAACAGAAAAAAAGGAUAGUAUUCAUUAUAGUGAAAAAUUUAAUCAUUUACCUUUUGCUCCCUCCGUAAGACAAUUUGGAGGCAGAGCAGCAGAGGGUGUAUUAGUAGUUUCAACAACAGGCAUGGUUGGUGCUGUUAUGAUUACAAAAGAUUUUCAAAAUCCUAUUUGCUCCUCUACAGAGAGUUUAGGCAGCACAAGACACAGGAUAACAGCAGUUGAUUUAUGUUAUGGAAAAAAUGGUCAUAUUUUAGUAGCCAUAAGUAGUGGAAAUAUUUAUUUACCAAUUAGAUGUUAUAGGGUGUUAGUACGUAAAAAUGAUGAUAAAUGUACUAUAACUUCACAAGCAUUGCCUAGUUUUUUUCUACAAGAUGGUGCACCAAAAGACAAUACAUAUACAAGUGUAACACAUUUGAAGUUUGUAGUCAGAGAAGAUGCAGAUUCUUUAGUUAUAGCUGUAAAUAGUGAUAGUGGUGGUAUAGUGGAAGUAUGGGAAUUGAGAGAAAAAUCACAACCAGUUCACAAAUUAUUUCAGCCUAAAACGUUAGAACCAUUUAAAACUAUAGUAGUAUGGCAACAUCAAUCGCAAUAUCGUUGUUCGUCUCCGAUUGCAGCGAUAGCAACUACAAAAUUAUCUAUAGUUACCACAUUACCUCCUCCAAGUUAUGUUGUAGUAGCUUUAGCGGAUUCAUCGAUACAUUGUUUAAGUCGUGAUUGUUUAAAGGAAAUAUCGUUUUCUUCUUUAAAUAUGGCAUGGCGACCUGAUGAACCUAAUAACAAAUAUUUUAAAAGUUCCGUUUCGAUAACCAAUAUAGAUAUAUCUUGGCUUGGUUGUGUACUUUUAGCUUGUGAUACACGCGGAAAUCUUUAUUUAUAUAAAUUAUUACCUGAUGGAGGACCAUCAUUAACAUUAAGUUAUGCUUGUACACUAUUAGAAUAUUGUUUAGUAACGGGAUUAGAUUGGUUGGAUGUACUCUUGUGUUUAAGAUCUUCGAUGAUCGAGCCAUUGUGCGAUAGAUUGGAUGUUUCUUUUAAUAGACAAUUGCAGCCUAUACAACAGUAUCAUUAUAUUCAAUUUCUUUGCAUCAAAAUAUCAUUAUACAGAAUGCUAGUAUCAGGACAAAGUAAAGCUGCCGAUUUGUCAUCAUUACUUAUGAUACAUUCGGUAGCAACCGCGUUUAAAUCAUUAUUACGGCCGUCAGAUUUAAUUUCUCAUGAUAAGGGACCAGCAGAGAGCUUAGCAACAGUAAUUAAUGAAGCAAUUACUGAUGUAGAUAAGGUACUUUUACAUCUCGAUCCUAAAGAAUUUACUGUGGAACCAAGUACGUUACAAUCGUUACAACAAUUGAUUCAAUGGGUCGCAGAUCUGGCUUUAAAUCUUCUGGCUCGUCUUCCAGAACAGAGAUUGCAAAUGAAGUCUGGUGGUUAUGAACUUCUAAAAGAUCAUAAAGCCUUGAAUACAUUAAGAGAAUUACUUGUGAUAAUACGUAUAUGGGGUUUACUGCGUCCUUCGUGUCUUCCAGUAUUUCUUCGUAGUGCUGAUAAUCUCGAUGUAUUGGCCCUUUUAUUCCGUUUAUUAUCAAAAUUGGUUCAACCAAAUGGUGAUGGUCAAACUCAACAAAUAGAUGAUGGUCUAAUUGAUGAUUGUUGCUUGUUACCUAAUCAAAUUAUGAUACCUCAAUUACAUCAAGGCAAUAGUAUAACAGCUAUUGCUACACCUGUGCUUUUUUAUCAAAAUUUUCCUUUGCAGUUAGAAUAUAGCAUAGAACCAGAACAAUUAUUAUUUGUACCUGAAUUUAAUCCAAUUGAAGGUUGUAUGCAUAGUGGUCAGAUUGUGGAUGGUAUAAGGCAUUUGUAUCUUGGAAAACAACCACUUCUUGUUAAGCAAUGUACAAGGUGUGUUGGAAAAGCUCAAGUUCAAAAUAUGACAAGAACAGCUGCAAUUAGAGCAUGGGAUCAGAGAUGGGCACGAGCUUGUCGUUGUGGUGGCAUUUGGCGAAUCCAUAAAGCUUGUUCUUAAAUAAUUAAAUAAUUUAUAGUAAUAUAUAUUGUGAUUUUAUACAUGAUAAGAUGAUAAAUUACAUUUUUAUUUAAGAUGUAUUUGAUAUUGAACAAAUUUCAUUUCAUAUUUCAUAUGUAAAUAAUUUUUAUUUAGAUAGGUAAAAUAAUUAUUAAUUUAAUAAAUAAAAUGAUUAUUAAUUUUUA